UCAAGUGAACUGUCUGGUGUGGAUCACGGCUUGGGAGUGAGAGCUGAGCGUAAAAAAAACUAGUUCACGUUUGCCAAACUCCGAAAUUGACGGACCAUCUCAGAAUUGCAUAAAAAAUAAUAAAAAUCGUUGAUGUUUUUUGUUGUUGUUUCAAGAUAUUGCAACAUUGUAAAUUAACUUUAGGCUACGUAUCCCAGUGAAAGCUGAAGUCACCGUGAUACUGAAACCUGGACCUAUCAUCAACUGAAAGUGGACUUGGAGUCUUCUGAAAAUCUUGAAGCCAUAAUUUGCUGAUCUUUAUUGCCUUUAAAAACGAACGUCUCAUUAACAAAUCGAGGACAUCUUGGGGAUUAAACCGACCUGAUCGAUCUGGACAUGGUUAUUAUUGGACUGGUUUGGACCUAAAUAUGGACUGUUGGCAGGUGUCCGUUCUGUGUGUUAUAUUUAUAUCAUGUCUACAGCACACGUCGUCUCAAACACAGGAAGUGGUGUGUCCUGGUACCCAGAAUGGGCUGAGCUCCACAGGAUCUCAGGAGAACCAGUACAACCUGAUCAAGGACCGCUACACAGGCUGCGAGAUUAUUAUGGGUAACCUGGAGAUCACUCAGAUAGAGGCUGACUGGGACUUCUCCUUCCUAGGGACCAUCAGAGAGGUAACGGGCUACAUCCUAAUCGCCAUGAACCACUUCAGACGGCUGCCUCUGGAACAGCUGCGGGUGAUCCGUGGUAACAGCCUGUACGACCGGGGCUUCGCCCUCUCUGUGUUCCUCAACUACCCCAAGCAGGGCUCCAAUGGACUGCAGCACCUGGGACUCACACACCUCACCGAGAUUCUGGAGGGAGGCGUCCAGAUCGUCCACAACAGGUUCCUGAGAUAUGGUCCCUCGGUGAACUGGGAUGAUAUUGUGAGGGACAGGGAUAGGGCCAAUGCUCCCAUUGACAUCCAGUUGAACGGCGAGAGAGGGCCUUGUCACCCCUCCUGUGGGGAGAACUGCUGGGGGCCUGAUGAAGUGCACUGCCAGAUCUUGACGAAGACAGUGUGUGCCCCUCAGUGUAACGGUCGUUGUUUCGGGACCAGCCCCAGGGACUGCUGUCACAUAGAGUGUGCAGGUGGCUGUAGUGGACCUCAGGAUAUGGACUGCUUUGCGUGUGGCCACUUCAACGACUCCAGGUCCUGUGUGCCCCAGUGUCCCCAGACUCUGAUCUACAACAAGCAGACGUUUCAGAUGGAGACGAACCCCAACGCCAAGUAUCAGUACGGAUCCAUCUGCGUCUCCCACUGCCCCACCCACUUCGUGGUGGACGGCAGCUCCUGUGUGAGUGGCUGUCCUCCAGACAAGAAGGAGGUGGAGAGGACUGGUCAGAGGCAGUGUGAGCUCUGUGGAGGACUGUGCCCUAAAGCCUGUGAGGGCACAGGUCCUGAGCACAGACAAACGGUAGACUCCAGUAACAUCGACAGCUUCAUCAACUGCACCAAGAUACAGGGCAGCCUGCACUUCCUGGUCACCGGGAUUCUUGGUGAUGACUAUAAGAAUAUCCCACCUCUGGACCCUAAGAAGCUGGAGGUCUUCCGUUCUGUCCAGGAGAUAACAGAUAUCCUAGCCAUCCAGUCGUGGCCUAAAGAACUGUCAGAUCUAUCAGUGUUCUCCAAUCUUACCACCAUACAGGGAAGAUCUCUUCACAAGCGCUUCUCUCUGAUGGUCAUGCAUGUUCCGUCCAUCACCGCUCUGGGUCUGCGUUCCCUGAGAGAGAUCAGUGACGGCAACGUGUACCUCAGUAAUAACGCCAACCUGUGCUACCACCACACAGUCAACUGGACACGCCUGUUCACCGGGCACGCCACACGCCUCAACGACAUCAAGGACAACAGGCCUCUCAGAGAGUGUGUUGAGGAGGGCCACGUGUGUGACCCGCUGUGUUCAGACUCAGGCUGCUGGGGCCCGGGACCCGAACAGUGUCUCUCUUGCAGGAACCACAGCCGAGACUCUACCUGUGUGGCACACUGCAAUUUCUACACAGGUCAGCCUAGAGAGUUUGCGGGGCCUAAGGGGGAGUGUGUCACCUGUCAUCCAGAGUGUCAGCCGCAGGAAGGGAGGGACAGCUGUACUGGACCGGGAGCUGAUGAGUGUGUGAUGUGUGUCAGUCUGAGAGAUGGUCCUCACUGUGUGCCCUUCUGCCCCAGUGGGGUAAACGGAGAGAACGGGCAGUUCAUCUUCAAAUACCCCAACAAGGACAGCUACUGUGAGCCCUGCCAUGUCAACUGCACACAGGGGUGUUCGGGUCCAGGAUUGAGUGACUGCAUAGACAACACUAGACACUCCACUAGCCCUCAGAUCACAGGUAUAGCGUUGGGAGUGCCGGCUGCCCUCAUAGUCUGCCUGGCAUUGUUUGUGUUGGGCAUGCUGUACCACCGUGGCCUGGCCAUCCACAGGAAGAGAGCCAUGAGGAGGUACCUGGAAAGUGGAGAGAGUUUUGAGCCGCUGGGGCCAGGAGAGAAGGGAGCCAAGGUUCAUGCCCGGAUCCUGAGGGCCCCAGAGCUGAAAAAGGUCAAAGUCCUGGGCUCUGGAGUGUUUGGCACCGUACACAAAGGCCUGUGGAUCCCUGAGGGAGACUCCGUGAAGAUUCCUGUAGCCAUUAAGACCAUCCAGGACCGCACAGGCAGACAGACUUUCACUGAGAUCACCGAUCACAUGUUGUCCAUGGGCAGUCUGGACCACCCCUACAUCGUCAGGCUCUUAGGUGUCUGCCCAGGUGCCAGUCUCCAGCUUGUCACCCAGCUCAGCAGCCAGGGGUCGUUACUGGAGCACAUCAGGCAACACAAAGACAGCCUGAACCCGCAGAGACUGCUCAACUGGUGUGUGCAGAUAGCUAAGGGCAUGUACUACCUAGAGGAGCACUGUAUGGUGCACAGGAAUCUGGCUGCGAGGAACGUGAUGCUGAAAAGUGAUUAUUUCGUCCAGAUUUCUGACUAUGGCGUGGCUGACUUGCUCUAUCCCGAUGACAAGAAAUAUGUCUACAGUGACAGCAACAAGACUCCCAUAAACAUCAAAUGGAUGUCCCUGGAGAGUAUCCUGUUCCGGAGAUACACUCAUCAGAGUGACGUCUGGAGUUACGGAGUGACAGUCUGGGAGAUGAUGUCAUUUGGGGCAGAGCCCUACGCCUCCAUGCAGCCACAGGACGUGCCCAGUCUACUGGAGAAGGGAGAGCGUCUGUCCCAGCCCCACAUCUGCACCAUAGACGUGUACAUGGUCAUGGUUAAGUGCUGGAUGAUUGACGAGAAUAUUCGACCAACCUUCAAAGAACUGGCCAAUGACUUUAUUCGCAUGGCAAGAGACCCGCCUCGCUACCUUGUCAUCAAGGACAGAGGAGAGGCGGGGCCAGAAGAAUCCCACCAACGGGGAUCAGCGCUUGCCAAUUUGGAAGCGGGCCUGGAGGACCAGGAUGAAGAGGGAUUGGAGGACGGUUUGGCCACUCCUCCUCUCACCUUGUCCCCAUCCAGGACUCUCUCUCGUUUGAGGAUGAGCUCAUACAGGAGUUCCAGUGCGACCUCUCAGGCUGGACCAGUAGGGUACCUACCCAUGACCCCCGGCCCUGGAGAUAACCCCUGUCAGCUGUUCUCCCAGCGGUCUCGUCUGAACUCAGCUCGGACGCUGUCGGAAGGGUCAGAGGGCAGUGGCCUGGACAAUGAGCUGGCAGAGGGAGUGUCACUGAGUGGCAGCCUGCGCAGGCAGCAGCUCAGGGCUGGCAGGGACAGUAGUGGCAGUAGUACCCACCACACCUCCACCACCAUGGUGCAUAGGAGCCAAUCUGCAGUCUCAAAGUCACCCUCCUACAGGCCUGAGGAGGAGGAUGAGGAGGAGGACCACUAUGGAUAUGUACUGCCUGGAGUAUCGAGCACUCCUGAGAGAGAUUCUCUCCUGUCUUUCCCAGCCUCCAGAACUUCUCUCCCAGGUAGAGCAUCUCUUAGAGGCUCUAGGAGCUUCAAGAAUCCACUGUCACCAUUGGCAACCAUCUCAGACCCCACCGAGGACUAUGAGUUGAUGACCAAACAGCCGUCCCCUCUGCCCCGCUCCCCCAGAGUCACCUCUGUACAGAUAGAAGGCCCUUCAACUGUCCUAUGGAGGAAAACCUCUCCUCUGCCCUCCCCUACCUACAAUACAGCACCCUCACCACUAGAGGGGGACUCACUGAUGCAAGGGGACUCUCCAAGCACUGCAGCUGCUCUGAGGGGAAGCCAGAGGCCAGCAGAGGUCACUGACAGUUCUGUGGCUGUAGUUGUAUCAGUAGAGGGAGAGGAGCUGCAGCCUCUGUCUGAGAGGCCUGACAGUGGAGCUGCUUUGUUUGGAAACCGAGGGGCCUCUCAGGGUCAGGGGAGGCCAGAGCAGGGAGCAGUAGUGGAGUAUGAAUACAUGGACAUCUGCAGCACCGUGAAUACCACAGACACAAAGAGACCCAUCUGGGAGAGGCGUGAGAGCCGAGCAACUGACUUGAGGACAGUGACAGAAGAACGAGAGAGAGAAGGAGGAAAGAGUCAAGACCUAGAGGAGGAAGAAAGGAAGGAUGAGGAAGCUGGAGAGGAGGAUGAUGUUUACCAGUAUACUAAUAAACAACCCAGACUCCUCCGAGAGAGCAGCCGAGAGGUGGGUCUCAGCCCCAAGCCCACCCUCCGCUCCAAACCCAGCCUCAGCCCCAAGCCCAGCCUCAGCCCCAAGCCCAGCCUCCUCCCCAAGCCCACUCUUAGCCCCAAGCCCAGCCUCAGCCCCAAGCCCAGCCUCAGCCCAAAACCCAGCUUCAGCCCCAGUCAUAACCCAAUGCCAGAUGGCUCCACAGCUAUGGUAGAGCACCAGGUGGAGGAGUAUGAAGAGAUGGAUGCCUUUGGAGGGGACUCCAGGGGCUCCCAGCGAGUGGACCACCAGGAGGCAGAGUACCAGAACCUCCCAGUGCUAGGGAAGAGGAGGGCCACCACAGUUGAGGUGGAGGGGGGUACGAGCACCAGGUGUGCCGGACUGGGGGUGGAGGGGUACAUCAAAGCGUGCUCCGGUGUGGGAGUGGUAGAGCCGAGCAGCAACACAUCGUUUGACAACCCUGACUACUGGCACAGCAGACUGUUCCUCAAGGCAGAUGCUGUGCGCACAUAAUUAUGUGGACUGAGAAAACAACAACCAUGAUGAUGUAAGCACCGACAAAUAUAUUUGAUAUAAUCAUGUAUCAGGCUCUGGUGCAGCUCAACCGGUAACGUUCUUUUAGCGCUACAUUACUGGUUGAAGUUUUUUUGUUGUAAUGUAGUGUAUGUAUUCUCAGUUAGUUUACAUCUUCCACCCAAACCUCAUGAACCAAAGAAACAUAGGCAAAAUGUGUCCUACGUAGCGUUGAUGUUAUCUAUCUGUUGAUAGCGACGUCGCCGUCUGGGAAAUGUAACCAAGUUGGCAGCUCAACAUCAAACGGCUAGCCUAAACUGUCAAUAAGUCAAAGGCAAAUAGUACAGGGAGAAAUAUAUAGACACAGCAUACAAAAUGUACAUAGACAGACAUAGCAUGUAUACAUAAAGCAGAAAUAGGCGGCCAACGUACACACACUAAUGCUGGAUCACAUUCCCGUGUUUGCACUUCAACUUGUUCCACUUCCUGGUGAAGCCAAUGUUUACCUGCGUGGAACCUCGAGGUUCCAUGGGUGAGGUCUGCCAUGUAAUGUACAUUUGUAGCUUAUAGUUUGCUAUGUGAAAUGAAGUAUUCUUGAUGAACAUGUAUGAAUGAAUUGCAGUCAUGUAUUGGCUAUGUUAUUGCAAGUGAUUGGAGCCCAGCACUGUUUUGUAAAAAAAAAUGUAUACGUUUUCAUGUAAUAUAAUGUGAAUUGCUGUCAUGAAAAAUUAAUACUGAUACAUAUAAUUGUUUUACAACA